AUGAAGGAGGUGAUGGAUCGCAUUGCGACGAAGUCGCCCUACAGCUGGUCCGAACCAAAUUCUGUGGUAACCUGGAACACCAGCGCCACCUCAGCGGCGACCAGGCGCUUUCAGGUGCGAACCAGCCCUCCUCCCGAGCCGCCACCUAUGCAGCCGCCUGCGACGCGGCCGACCAUGAGUGCUGCCCUUGCGCCCGAAAGGAGGGCCUCCCUCGUGCGCAGCGAGAGCAAGGGCUCCAGUGGCCAAGGCUUCAUUGCCUGGCUGUGGAAGUUCGCCUUGGGCCGCCGGGGCGACGGUGACGUGCCGGACCCGGCGCCACCGCCCGUCCGACAUGUAGAGGCGCACCCGCGUCCCCAAAGUGCGGGAGCGAUCCGAGAGGCCCCGCCGCCACAGAGGCACGAGAAGCAGAUGUGGCAAAUUGAGCAGGCACGCAGCCGCCGUCCUGCGUCUGCCCCGAUCAGGCGCGAGGUUCCACGAGUGGCCCCUGAGGAGGAGGUGGAG